AUGGCGCCGCCUCAGGACACGCUGUUCCGCUCGGCGGACAUGUCCUUGACCCAGCUCUACAUUUCCAAUGAAAUCGGGCGAGAGGUCGUCAGCGCUCUGGGAGAGCUCGGCGUCAUGGACUUCCGCGAUCUGAACGCCGAGACCACCGCCUUCCAGCGUACCUUCACCCAGGAGAUCCGUCGGCUCGAUAACGUGGAACGCCAGCUGCGCUACUUCCACGCCCAGAUGGACAAGUCGAGCAUCCCGAUGCGCUCUAUCUAUGAGUUUAACAACACUUUGGCCGCGCCUUCUGCUUCGGAGAUCGACGAGCUCGCCGACCGCGCUCAGAGCCUCGAGAACCGGAUCGCGAGCUUGAACGAGAGCUAUGAGACGCUGAAGAAGCGUGAGGUCGAGCUCACCGAGUGGAGAUGGGUGCUGAGGGAGGCUGGCGGCUUCUUUGACAGGGCCCGUGGCCAGACCGAGGAAAUCCGCCACUCGAUGGACGACCCGGACGACGACGCUCCGCUUCUGGCAGACGUUGAGCAACGCGGCCAAAACGGAGAUGCUGAGCGCUCCUUCUCCGUCAUGAACAUCGGCUUCGUCUCUGGUGUCAUCCCCCGCGACAGGAUCGCCGCGUUCGAGCGCAUUCUCUGGCGUACUCUGCGUGGUAACCUUUACAUGAACCAGUCCGAGAUCCCCGAGCCCAUCAUCAACCCGGAGAACAACGAGGGCAUCAACAAGAACGUCUUCGUCAUCUUCGCCCACGGCAAGGAGAUCAUCGCCAAGAUCCGCAAGAUUUCCGAGUCUCUCGGCGCUGACCUCUACGCCGUCGAUGAGAACAGCGAUCUUCGCCGCGACCAGAUCCAUGAGGUCAACAGCAGGCUGAACGACCUGUCUGCCGUGUUGAGGAACACCAAGCAGACUCUGGAUGCUGAGCUCACGGCUAUUGGCCGCAGCUUGGCCGCCUGGAUGGUCAUCAUCAAGAAAGAGAAGGCUGUCUACCAGACCCUUAACAGGUUCUCGUACGACCAGCAGCGUAAGACGCUGAUUGCGGAAGCAUGGGCGCCUACGAAUUCCCUCGGCUUGAUCAAGUCUACUUUGCAGGAUGUCAACGACCGCGCUGGUCUGUCCGUCCCAACCAUCGUAAACCAGAUCAAGACGACGAAGACCCCGCCGACUUAUAUCAAGACCAACAAGUUUACGCUGGCCUUCCAGACUAUUAUUGACGCGUACGGUACUGCCAAGUACAAGGAAGUCAACCCCGGUCUCCCUACCAUCGUCACCUUCCCCUUCCUCUUCGCCGUCAUGUUCGGUGAUUUCGGUCACGGUUUUAUCAUGACUCUCGCCGCACUUGCUAUGAUCAAGUGGGAGAAGCAGCUGUCUCGCGGCAAGCUGGACGAGUUGUUCAGCAUGGCUUUCUUUGGUCGUUACAUCAUGCUUAUGAUGGGUAUCUUCUCCAUGUACACCGGUCUGAUCUACUGUGAUGCUUUCUCGAAGCCCCUUCCCCUCUUCAAGUCCAUGUGGGAGUGGCCCGAGGACUUCAAGGCUGGAGACGCGCUUGAGGCUACUCGCAUUAAGGGUCACACUUACGCCUUUGGUCUUGAUUGGAAUUGGCACAGCACGGAGAACGACCUCCUGUUCUCCAACAGUUACAAGAUGAAGCUGAGUAUCCUGCUCGGAUGGGCUCACAUGACCUACUCGCUCUGCCUUUCCUAUGUCAACGCUAAGCACUUCAAGUCUCCCAUCGAUAUCUGGGGUAACUUCAUCCCUGGCAUGAUUUUCUUCCAGUCCAUCUUCGGUUACCUCGUUUUCGCCAUCAUUUACAAGUGGUCCGUCGAUUGGUACGCCAUUGGCCAGGCUCCUCCCGGUCUGCUCAACAUGCUCAUCUACAUGUUCCUGUCCCCUGGUACGAUUGAGGACCCGCUGUACAACGGUCAAGGUCCCCUUCAAAUCAUCCUGCUUCUUUUGGCCGUCGUCCAGGUUCCCAUCAUGCUCUUCCUCAAGCCCUUCUAUCUCCGCCACGAGCACAACAAGGCUCGCGCCCACGGCUACCGUGGCAUCGGCGAGAACAGCCGCGUCAGCGCGCUGGACGAUGACGAUGAGCAUGGCCAUCUCAACGGUGGCCGUGAGAGCUUUGGCGAUGACGAGGAGGGUGUCGCGCUCAUUAGCCAGGACGUGGGUGAGGCUGAGCACGAGGAGUUUGAGUUCUCCGAGGAGAUGAUUCACCAGGUCAUCCACACGAUCGAGUUCUGCCUGAACUGCGUCUCGCACACGGCCUCGUACCUGCGUCUGUGGGCGCUGUCGCUUGCCCACCAGCGUCUCUCGAUCGUCCUGUGGCAGAUGACCAUCGGCAUCGCCUUCAGCAUGUCGGGCGUCGUCGGCAUCAUCGCCGUCGUCUGCCUCUUCUACCUCUGGUUCGUGCUCACCGUCUUCGUGCUCUGCAUCAUGGAGGGUACGUCGGCCAUGCUGCACUCGCUGCGUCUGCACUGGGUCGAGGCUAUGAGCAAGCACUUCAUCGGCGAUGGCGUGCCGUUCGAGCCCUUCUCGUUCAAGACGCUGCUCGAGGAGGACCCGGUCGAGUAA